CUAGAUGGCCCUGUAUUAUAUUUCUUUCUCAUGUUUUUUACUGAUCAUGCAAUGUGCUUCGAUUUCUUCAUCUUUCUGCACCUGCCUUUUUUGUGCGGUUCAUAUGCAACUAGUAUGUUGGGAAAGUGCAAUGGCUGCACGGGGGAGUCCAAACUAUCAGAUAUCCCCAUCUCACUUGCAACACAGCUGUCGUUCAUUCUUUCAGGGUCCAAUCCCUUGUUCUAUCCUUCGGCAUGGCUGCGGCAAACCAUCAUCAAUGUAUAGACAUGCCAAAUGCCCAGUUAGAUGAUUUGGGCCAAGACCAGGACCCUUCAAUGGGUCAUGAAACCAACCCCCGGCAUGCGAGAUGCGCAGAGUCCUCGCCGCCCCUAGAGCAUCAUUCCCAGUCAACCCAGUCAUACCCGAGUGACGAGAGUUCGAUAUACAACGCCGUCCGAGCCAGUUCUGCGGCCGAUGAUGUUCCUCGAAAGCUUUGUUCCAACAAUCAAAUAACUCAAGAUGGCCUGGACAGUGGGAUGGCAGCAAACAUGGCCAUGUUCAUUCCUAUAACAUCUGAAUCUAUGACUCAUGCUGUUGACGAUAUCGAAUAUACUGCAGAGAGGAAGGCUAAAGCACCCUGGUGGCAUGCACACAUGUUAUCUGACAACCACUCGCCUUCUACGAUAGACAGACAAUACACAGGAUUAUCUCUACCAAAUGAUUUAGAAUCAAAAAUCGAUAGCUUUGAUGGACCACAACACCGCAAAACUCUUAGUCUGAACGAUGCGGAUGACAAUACGAGAAGACCAAAUUGGCCAGGAAGCCUCGUGUCGCCUGUGAAUCCUUUUCUUCCUCAAUAUCCGCCACCUGAAAGAUCCCCUACUCCUCCAGGACUUCCUUCUUUUGGCUCUCGUGAGGCUAUCUGUUACUCUGCGCAGUUUUUAGUUCAUUCGUCUACACGGGGAGAUCAGACACAGCAAGCGUCACAAAGUCUUACCGUCGCAAGGCCGCGCGGACGCAACCUUGCUUCGAGCUUUAGAGUUGCAUCAUACGGAGAAACACUGCGGAGAGUAUUCGGUUUCACUCCGUCCACUACUCCCCAGCCUAGGCGAAGACCACCGCCCGUUGCAAGAGCAGAAGAUGGCACUGCUGUCCAAGGGCGCUUCCCAUAUAGACAAAGUGGCCAUGGAAUGAAUGUGGCUAGGCAAUUGGAUCACCAUCCGUUUCAUCGGCGACUUCUUCCUAUUGCUCAAAGUGACAGCUUCACGGCUGAUAGCGCUAUUACCCAAAACGGUCAUUUCAAUGAACAUAAUGCGAAGGACAGAUAUUCAACACAAGUUGAGCCAUCACGGUCACGUACGCAGACCGUGUCUGAACCUCAUUUACGGAACUCUCCGGGACGACUACCCUCAAGGUUUACGCCAGCUGUGACCUCGCGAUCGCAAGCUUUGGCUUCAGCGGCUGCAGUUGUUGUCGCCUUGCCUAGUGCUCCCUCACAUGGUAUCCAGCCAGAGCAACCGACAAAUGGCGAUGGAGCCAAUACCCAGGGAGUAGGCAUGGCCGGAGAUAAUCCAAGAAACGCUAAUACUGAAGAGCCACACGAUGGCCAACCGCCUAAAAGACCAUGGAUGAAUUGUUGGAGAACAGUUAAUUCCUACUUCUGUUGCUUCGGGGAAAGAGACGAAUACGAGGUUGCCAUGGAUCGAAAUUUAUCUAACGAUAGCUAUACUACUGCAAGGAGCUGGAUUGUGGAUAAUGGCGCUCAAGAGGCUUGUCGAGUCAGUUCCAACGCGGCUUCACCGGGUCAAGACCAAGAGCCCCGGCAACAGCGUUCGAACCCAUGGAAAUCUUUGCGUAGAUUCAUCUCUCAAAACAAUCUUGUUGUGGAUCCGAUGCUUCUAUAGAUUGGAUCUGAUAAGACAACCCCGGUUUGCAGAUCUGUUUCGUCUCGACGUCUCGUUGCCAUGAGAAAUAUUAAUACCAUUUGGAAAGUACUAUUGAUAAGGGACAUAAAAACAAUGUAUCACUAUGACAUGACUAUGGGCUCAAUCGUACGAGUGUUGACACGGCAACUACCUAUACCGAGUCUCUUCUCUCCUACUCUCACUAUCAAUACCAUCAUCCACCUAGCCAUAUCUAACCUUGGUAAAGAAAUACGAUUUUCUAAGCAAGACACAUUCAGUUCUUAGUUUUAGAAUUCCCAAUAGAUUGUAGGUGCGCUUUGUGAAACGCUUGACUGGCUCAAAAUCAUGCCCUGGUUCCUCAAAUAAUGCAAUGCAAGAACAGAGAAGUGAAGUAGCAUGCAUGCUCCGAAG